AUGGCGCCACCCACCAACGCCUUCAGAGCCGUCUCCCGAGUUGCAUGGCACCGCUCUACACCCAACUAUCGCAGACCAUUUGUUGCAAUAACUCGUGGGCGGUUGGUCGAAGAAGAGACAUUACCCCACUACGAUCCGGAACAGUUCUAUCCUGUCAACAUCGGCGACGUGUUAAACGGCAAGUACGAGGUCACGGGGAAGCUGGGCUUUGGAGCUUACUCAACAAGCUGGCUCUGUCGGGACAUUCAGAGACAUAAGUUUGCCGUCCUGAAGGCAUCGACAUCGCUUCGAGAAUUUCCCGUCGCAACCCACCGCGAGUUCAAGGUCUAUGAGCACCUCGCGAGCAUCGAAUCGGAUCAUCCAGGGCAAUCGCUAAUUCGAGAGCUCUGGGACACAUUCGAGGUCACCAGCACUGCCGGGCAACACCAAUGUCUUAUGCUUCAACCGAUGCAUAUGACUCUCCUUGAGAUGAUGGAGCGAAAUCCCAGACCGUUCGAUAUGCCGCUUCUCAAGAUGACGCUUCAACGAGUGUUGCUGGCGCUUGACUUUCUUCAUACUGAAGCUGAUGUCAUUCACCUUGAUCUGAAGACCGACAAUCUGAUGCUCAGCCUGGAGGAAGACGCAAUGCUGAGUGAUUUCAUGGACAAAGAGAUCAGACAGCCGAGCCCUCGAAAGAAGGUAGAUGAAUCGCGCACGAUCCAUCAAAGCUCAAAAUUUCGCCAACCUUCCGCAGGAGAGGGCUUCGGCCUCCCGAUUCUGUGCGACUUUGGGGAGGCUAGAAUCGGACAGAUACAGGAGACCGGCCCCUUCGUACAACCACACAUUUAUCGAGCCCCGGAAAUCAUUUUUGAGAUGGCGUGGGGAAGUGCUGUCGAUAUUUGGAACCUCGGGGCUCUCCUAAUAGCAAGUCAGAUUUGGGAUCUCUUCGAGGGUUAUCAUCUGUUUGGCGACAUCUUCAGCAGUAACGGCAAGCACGAUCCAUUCAAGCAUCUGGCACUGAUGGUCGCGUUACUUGGGCCACCACCGGGUGAUUUCGUGCGGCGCAGCGAGACAACCGAGCAAUGUUUUGAUCGUGAUGGCGCUUGGAUUGCUUGCAACGAAGCGGCUGUGCCAUCGACGACCCUGGAAGAUCUAGAGAUUCGACUGUCAGGCUCCGAGAAAGAGAAGUUUCUUGGUUUCGUUCGGUCAAUGCUUAAAUGGCUGCCGGAGGAGCGCAAGACCGCCGCGCAAUUGCUUGACGAUCCAUGGCUACUCUUUUGA